AAUACCGAGCCGGCACGGCUUCGUGGGAUGGAAACAGAGGAGUGUGUCGCAGCUUGCCAGCCCCUGGUAGUUUGUUGUGGCAGAGCAGACACUCGCAGGGAUCCACGGAGCUCGUGAGGACCAGCAGCCGGAUCCGGGACGCUGGAGCGCUGCGGGAGUCCAGAAAAUGGGAGCGGUAAAGUGAACAAUUCAGCCGGAGACCGGACUGUUUGGAUUGAAGUCAUCAAGAGUAAAAUGGAGCUCCUCCUGUGGCUUGGCCUAUCUAUACUGGUGGCUGUCCAGUCCAGUGCUGUUAGGAACUGCCACCCCAGCUGUCACUGUGAGGUGGAGAGCUUUGGACUAUUCGACAGCUUCAGUCUGACCAGGGUCGACUGCCGAGGCCUGGUUCCCUCUGCCUCCAUGCCCAUUCCCAUCCCGCUGGACACAGCCCACCUGGACCUGUCUUCUAACGCCAUGGGCCCUCUCAGUGAUGCCAUAUUAUCCGGCCCAGGCUACACCACCCUCAGUAGCUUGGACCUCAGCAGCAACCAUAUUACAAAGCUCAGCCCCAAUGCCCUGUCCAAGCUGCGUUACCUAGAGAGCCUGGAUCUGAGCCACAACAACCUGGAGAGCCUCUCGCCAAGCUGUUUCUCUGGUCUCCCUCUGGCUGAAGUUGACCUCAGCCACAACAGCUUCCAGGAGUUUGACAUGGACGUGUUUGCUGCCAAAGUGAAUGGUGAACCAGUCACUGUGGAUCUGUCUCACAACAAGAUUGUGUCAGUCUCCACCACUUUGCAUGGGAAAGCGUUGCACAUUCAGAGUGUAAAUCUUUCAACGAAUCAGCUUGUGAGCGUGCCAAGCCUGGAAGGGCUUCAACUGAGGUACCUCAAUCUGGAUGAUAACCCCAUUGCUAAAAUCAAGGAGGGAGCCUUUGCUCGGCUGCAAGAUCUGGCUUACUUAUCUAUCAGUGGCCUCCAUGAGCUUAAGGACAUUGAGCCAUUCAGCUUCAAGGGCCUGCAGAACCUGCAAGUUCUGGAUCUGUCCAACAAUCCCAAACUUAAGAGUCUGAGCCCUACAGUAUUCAGUGGUCUAGAUUCCCUGCAGGAGCUGAACUUGUCUGGCUCAGGUGUGACAUCCUUGCCAGCUAAUAUUCUGUCCCACUUACCGAGCAUUAAAAGUAUCAAACUGGGACAAAACAUCCACUGCUGGAGGACCCAGAAACAGGGACAGUUCCACCGGCAGAUCGGUCAGGUCCAACACAACGAGGUGCUGAACUGUAACGUGGAGGGUAUUGUGUUGUGAGACUGUGCCUGUGGAAAUGGACCGUUACAGUCCUGAUUCCAGAGCUGUGCCUUAUCUGCUUUGAUAUGCAAAACAGGUUUCUUUGAGUUGCUCUUACUGGGCAGACUCUGUUCUAAGGUGUUACUUUGUAUGUCUUAAAGAUUUAAUGAAGCCUUCACAAACUUAACAUUUAACACAGUGUCAUACAGGUUCUACUUUUUAAAUGCACAGUAGACAUCACCCAGUAUUUACAAAAGCAAGCAUGAUUUAUGUUUUAACACAAGCAGUAAUCUGGAUGAAAACUGGCACAAAUUAAUCUUGUUCAAACAAUAUUUUUGUGCUAGAUUCAUUCAUGCUUUUUUAAGUUCUACUUGCACUUUUCUUCAAUACUGCACCUAAAGAGUAAAACCUUCUACACUUUAUCAGAUAUUAUAUGACUUUUGACCACUAGUAGUUUUUAUUUGACUUUGAAUGUGAUGCUACAUCAAGAAGGUUAAAGGUUGAGAAGAGUUUGUGGAGAAAACUCGAACUAUACUUGUUUGUAUUUGUUCACUGCUAAAGCUACAGCCAGAAGCUGGUUAGCUUAGCACAAAUACUAGACAUGAGGGAGACCAUUUGUCUGUUUCUCUCAAUGAUUAAUGUAUUGUAUUUGACUUGUUUAAUCUAUGCAAAUCUCCUUCAGAACUGAGAUUUGCAUCUUUUGUCCAUUUUGGGGAAAAAAAAAAUGUCCACCUUCUUACAGUGUGGAUUUUGUGAAUUCUGCAUCCCAAUGUUGCCGGUUUAAAAGUACCAACGCAUCGUUUUUUGGGAGAUCUAUUAGCAGGAAUGCAAUUUAAAAGUCAUAAAGAACUGAUUAGAAAUUAAAUCCCUUGGGUGUUAAAAAGAUCAAAAUGUCUACAGAUUGACUAAGUUUGCUACUGCAUUAAGUCCAUCAUGUACCACCAUGUUUUUGCAGUAACCCAGAUUUUUAUUAUUAUUAUUAUUAUUAUUAUUUUUAGGAAUUUGGAUAACAUUUAUCAGUCAUACAUGAAAGUGAGAUAAAGUGUUCAGGUGGUUGCAAUCUGCAGUUUCACCACUAGAUGUGAAUAAAUCCUAUAUGCUGCUCCUUUAAUGAGAAACCUUUAAGCUUGUUCGAUUCUCCACAAGAACAUAGAAUUUGGUUCUUGUGCCGUAUGUAACAAGCUUAACUGACUGCUGGUUAAAGCAAAUUUCCCAAGAAGGUUUAACUUUACAAUCCAAAGACUAGAUUUUGUUUUAAUUCUUACUAUGCCGAAGUGUUGUUACACAUGGAGACGGUAAAGUUUCAUGUACAAAGCUCACAUAUUAAGUUUGGAGAAGAAUGAUACAGUUUGCAAAUACUGCACUCACUGAUCUGUGCUUUUCUCCUGUGAUGUUGCACAGCAGGAUUAAAAUAGGCCUUUUGUUUAGUUUUAACUUCUUCCAGGUCACUCUCUGGUUGAACAAGACAUGAUUUUCCAAACCAAGCUGGACUAAUACAGCAUGACAGCUUGUUAUAUGUUUAGUAUUGAAGUAAUGCUGGUAUGUGUUGUUGAAAGCCUUAUCUGUGUAUGUAUAAACCUACCUUGGCAUUCCUGUGGCAUUUAGAGGAUGAUCAGCCUCAAGACUGCAUAUAAGGGUUUUGUGACUGUGAGCAGUCUAAAAUGGUUUGAAGGUAAUCCAUGUUUUCAUUUUGCUAACUAAAAAUCUGAUGAGCCCAUUUUGAUUUAGAGGUUUAUAUUUUUAUCUAUGUAACUUUAUUGUACAUAACUUUAUAUAUAAACAGUAUAUAUAAAUGUUUGCUUUUUACACAUAUGUUUAAUAAAUUGACAAUUCCCACAGUG